AUGGAAGCUGGGCAGAAGGAAAUUUUCGAGGAGGGGGGGCUGGAGGCGCUGGUGGACGUUCUCCGGGCAGCAGAAAAUAACGAGGCUGCCCGUGAAAACGCGGCCGCGGCGAUUUUCUGCCUGGCGAACACGGAGGAGCGAAAGCAGAUGGUUACAGAGAGAGGGGCGUUACCACCGCUGGUGGGAUUGCUGCAGACUAGUAGGGGGGGUGAUGGGGGUUGUCAUACUGUCGCAACAGCAGCAAGAGCAGGAGCAGGGGCAUCAGUAGCAGCAGCGGAAGUAGAAGCAGGAGGAGGAGGAGCAGGGGAGGCGGAGGAGGAGAGAAGCAGUGAUGCCGCAGGGGCAACGGGUGAAUCAGGGGGCAGCAGGGGGGGCAGCAGAGGGGACAGUGGGAAUGAUAGCAAGGAGGUGAAUAAGGAGGGCAAAGAGAAGUGUGAAGAUGAAUCUGAACCAGUGAGGAAACCCCUUACCAUCUCUGAUUUCCUCGCCACUGGUGCAGUGCCCGUUCUCAUCGGGCUCUUACAGUCGUCGGAUCAAGGGCUGGAGGAGCGAUCAAUGGCCAUCCUUUCUCUCCUCUCCAAGUUCCCUGAAGGCCGGCGGGCCAUCUGGGAAGCAAAUGGCGUGCAGGGGGUUUGUGACGUUCUGGAAAUGUCGUCUCAGAGGGCUAAAGAGGAGGCAGUGGCAACGCUGCUGCGCAUGGCUGGGAGUGACGCGGCGGUUAAGGCGGUGUUGGUUAAGGAAGGGGUGAUUCCGCCGCUGUAUAAGAUUCAUAAGGAGAGCGAGGGGAGUGCAGCGGUGAAGGCAAAGACCCUGCUUGACAUGCUGCGGAGCACCAGAAAGUGA